GCAGUAUGUAGAUUUAUUUGGUUCCGUAUGGUUUGGUAGCUUCAGCAAAAUGCUGAUAAACUUAUGUGCUUGAGCGGAAAUCCACGAACGUGAUGUACCGUGAAGCUUAAGCCAGCCCACUCGGCGGCUUUAGACGGAAGAUGAUACAUUCUAAUUUGUUACUAAUGUUAGCUUGUUCACCACUCUUUAUCGACAGCCAAUAUUCGUUGAAUUAAAAACUUUAAUGCAUUUGUCGAAUUUUCUGUUCAAUUGCAAAGCGAGUAAAGUGACAUGAUAAUUGUAUUGAACAGGUCACCGCCACACAAUGACGUGGAAUUUAAUCGGCCAAUGAUUGCUUGAAGUAUUGUGGAAUUAAUGAGCCACUAAAUGUCCAGCCCCCUUCCUACAGUUUGAAGCCUGUGUGUGUUUCGAGGGAAUGGUGGUUUGUUUUUAUUAGACCCAACACAUCCAUGCAGAAAAGCAGUUGCGACUUCUGUAUUGGAACUUCAUGUUUUUUUCUUUGAGGACAUCUUCGAAAGUUCCACGCACCUUACCGGCGUUAUCUAUCCAACAAUACUAAAUUCAUUUGAGUUUUUGACAGUUACAGUGAGAUAAGCAUAUACUACGAAGUUUUAAACAACUUUAAAUAGAAGAUAAUUGAUUUGAUUACCAUCAGUUCCCGUGGUUACGUAUUUAUAUUUAAAAAGGAGUGUACCGUUAUUUUAGAAAAACAUUAUUUAUUCUGUUUAUGCAAGAAGUGAGAGCUUAUUGUCCCCGCGUAAAUACCGUUUAUUCGGUCUCCACUCCUUCUUAGGCUGCCUCGGAGAGGCAUGGAUGUUGUUAGUCAAACGGAUCAGAACCCUCUGUCUCCGCGGGCAAACGCCUUCAGCAUUGCAUCAUUAAUAUCCCCUGAUGACGAUCAGCGAGAAUCUGACGAUUCACUAAUCAUGGGCUCGAACAAAACUGACAGGAAAGAUUCAGAGUCCGACAACAGCCGAUGUGAUAACACCCCCGACUGGACCUUACGAUACACAUCAGACUUUCAAGAUAUGGAUUCAGCAGAUACACAAAAAGCACGCAGUAUGGAUGAAGGCUGCAACACCAGUGAAUCUAGCCCACGGCUAGUACACGAUGAGAAUGACGGAGUGGAUUCGCCGAAUUCGAUCAAAACACGGAGCGAUUGCGACGAUGACGGCGAAACCAGCAUGGCCUCUCCUAGCGCUAGAAAAAGGAAACUAGACGAGAAGCCGAUGAGUGUUAAAGUUUGCAAUGUAGAGGCAAAGCUUGAGAUGAAGGCUUUGUGGGACGAGUUUCAUUCACUAGGAACGGAAAUGAUUGUCACAAAAGCUGGAAGACGGAUGUUCCCAACUUUUCAAAUUAAGAUGAGUGGAAUGGACCCAAUGGCUGAAUAUAUACUUCUCAUGGAUUUUGUACCUGUGGAUGAUAAACGUUACAGGUACGCCUUCCACAGUUCAAGUUGGUUGGUGGCCGGUAAGGCUGACCCGGAGAUGCCAGGCCGCAUCCACGUUCACCCCGACUCUCCGGCAAGGGGAGCCAUGUGGAUGAAGCAGAUCGUAUCGUUCGAUAAACUCAAGCUAACAAACAAUCUCAUGGACGAUAACGGUCAUAUAAUUCUGAAUUCAAUGCAUAGAUAUCAACCUCGUUUUCAUGUUGUCCAUGUGAGCGGGAAGAAAGAUUUUGACGCGGAACCUGAAAGGGACUUUAAAACAUUCAUAUUUGCGGAAACGCAGUUUACAGCCGUGACGGCAUACCAAAACCAUCGGAUUACUCAGCUCAAGAUCGCCAGUAAUCCGUUUGCAAAAGGGUUCAGGGAAUGUGACCCAGAUGAUUGUUUUUCUUCAAGUAUAAUUGAGAUUAUUCCGCACAAUAACGGACCUCGAAGCCGUAAUCAUCACCGUCCAAGUUCUUUACAAAUAUAUGGUGUGGCAAGAGCCAGGGCUGGGAACAAGGCAAACCGACAAGAACAACAUGAAAAGAAUAGAAAUAUUGUAGUGCCAUCAACCAACACACAAUCAGCGACAUCCGACUCGUUAGUACCCAACAGUUUAUUGAAUUCUAAUCCGAGCUUUUCCGAACUCACUGCACCUAUUUCAAAUGGAUCGUGCGCAGAAGCGCCUUUCGCCAGUUACACUCAUGACAAUCAGUACAAUUAUAGUCCGAGUUGCUACUUUCGGUCCAACACUCGCCCUACACCAUAUUCUAGGGAUGUCUCUCCGUACAUGAGGGAUAGUCGCUACUGUGCAAAUGGCAUCGGGUACAUGGGUCGCAGUAAUUCUCAGUUAACGUACGAUCCAACAAUGAUGACUGGGCUAGAUCCACGAAGAAAUUUUCCUCAACCAAUGGUGUAACACUAAUAGAUAACGACGUAACUGCAACAUGAAAGAUCUAGUCCUACGUGCGUUUAAGAGAUUGAUUGGUGAGCGAACUUAUUGUGCAUGGUCAUCAUUAUGUACAAUUAAAAGAAAGAAAGAAAGAAAACAUAAGGAAAACACGCGUUGACCAUGCAUGACAUUAUCACCACAGAACCUAAAGAUGAACUUUUGUUAGGAAGGCUGUGAUUGGCUAAUAGUGCACAAAAUGUUUUGUGGAAGUAUCGAAACCAGAACUCCUCAUCUUGGGCCAAGCCUUCAUGUACUACAUACGGUACGUUACUCAUGGUCAUGUGGUCAAACUUUUAAACAUUAUACGCUAAGGACCUAGGCGUAUAUUUGGUCAAGAUCUGGAAUCUGGCAAAUUAGUAAGAAAAAAAAAGAUAAAACGUGUACAAAGUUAGAUAAUGUAAAGAUAUGUAUAAAUCUGACUAAUACAUCUAACAAAGAACAUGAUAAAACUUAUAUUAUUUUGUCACUGUUCAUUAUUUAUUUCAAAAUAAGUAGUUACAAAUUGAUCAUUAUUGAUGUAUUUUUUUUUUUUGUAAUUUUCAAAUGAUCAAUUACUUUUAGGAUCUAAUUCUCGGUUCAAAUCGAUCGUUGUUUUUAUUGAGGCUGGUAAAAUUACAGGAAUUUGAUCAUUCCAUACUUGACUUAGAACGUGUUGUAUAAUACAAACCGACUGGAUUAAAACAUGUAUUUCCCUUGUGGACAUUCUUUAAUUAUGGGGUUUUCAGUUCGUUACAAUCCAUCUGCUAAUGAUUAUAACGGCAUAGUAAAUCAACUAAACACAUUUUCAAAAAACAAAUAGUUUCUCUCGAGAUAUCCAAGGCUAGUCUAGUCGAUAUCUCAGGUAGUUAGUUUUUAAUUAUUAUAUUUCCAAAUUGUAUUUUUUUCCAUGAAAUAUCGCAAUUUCAAAGAACCAAGACACAAAUUGGAGAUACAAAUUAAGAGACACGUGAGUAUUGUCGAAUGAAUUCAAUUUGCAUAAUUAUUCAUUUAUAGAAUACUCAUAGUGAAUUAGAUUAGCUUUAGUAAUGACUGAAUUAUCAAAUACUGACAGAGUAGGCUACUUUACCCACCCCUAUCUAUAUUCACGAAUGUUGAGGUUAUGCGCGGAGAGCAACAUAUUAGGUAGAGUAUGCCUAUUGUAUUUAAACCAUGUAAUGUGUUAGUACUGUAAGUGGCUGAAUAUUAAAUACGAUUCGGUUUAAUGCUAACGAUUACUUUUAAUAGACAAAUAAUAUGAAUAUGCUUUAAGGGAACAAACUUGAAAGUUAGGCCUAUUCAAUGGAACAAAUUAAACCAACCAGAUUUAGUGGACCAAUUAAUGCUGUAAAAGACUCAUAUAUACCAAUGACGUCAUAGAGGAGCAAGUAAACACUAGUUCAUUCUGUUGAUUUUUAAUUAAAUUAAUCGUAACAGUAAUGUCUUGGACAAUCGUCUUUCAACGUUGUUUCCUUAUUGGUUAACUGUCUUUCAACGUAGAUACUGAUUGGAUAAUUGUCUUUCAUCGUUGUCCAUGAUUGGACAAUUAUCCAACUAACAGGCGUGUUAGAUGCCACUAUUUACCUUAUCUGUUUACUCCAAGAGGAAGGUGUAAUGAUAUUUUAAAUGCUUACAUUGAAUGUUCGUUGAUUUUAAUUCCAAACCGGAUCAUUAAUAAUUUGUGUUGAUUAGAUAUAAGAAAGAUCUACCAAACGUUAAUUUGUCAAUCCCAUGUUAUAGCAUGUCGUCUGAAUAGAAUCUUGAAUCAUUGAGCUGAUUGGACAACGUACCAAUGCCCAAUAUAUAAGAGUUAAUAAUAUCUUAAAAAUUGUUAACAUCCUUGAUGUUAAAAAUAAUGUACGUCACCAAUCGACUGUGAUGUUUACCUCAGUAUAUUGUGCGCUUCUACCGCGAUUAUAAUUCAGUCACGUGUCAUAUUUAAACCAAUUAGUGUGGUGACAUUAUCAAUUAUUUUAAUAAGACCAUGGUUAUCAAAAAUGUAGUUCAGGGAUUAUGAAUUUCCACAUAAUAAAUUAAUACUCGUGUGUAGGCCUAUUUUCAUGCGUUUGACCGGAGCUCUAGUUCAAAUCUUUUGGGUUUUUAUGUAGGCCUAUGUGUUAAGCCAUGGGAUAACUCUACCUUGUAUGCUAUGGGAUACGUUACUUAUCGCCGUGUUUAAAUAACUCAUUCGAGUCCAUCGGGAGUUUCAAUUUUGCAUUAUUAAGGCUUUAAAACUGUCCGUAGACCGAUGGUAGAAUGAGUGUAUCAGAUUGAAGCGACACACGUACUCAGAGUACUAUAAACCGCCUCUGUUGCAUUUUAACGCCGUCGGUUGGAUAAAGCCAUCGACAAUAUCACCGCGGUUCAUUGGAAGUGGAUUAUCUUGGUCAUCAUCAUCACUAAAACAGUUUCUGGGUCAUUAUACGUUCUCAUUUAUUCCCCGGCUAACGGUCCUCCAACCUGAUUACAAAGAAAAUAUGCUAAUAGGCCUAUCAUAAUGAAUAAUGUUAUAUUGAUAAACGGUAAUUGCUAGUACUAGUAAGAUAUGAAAGGAUACCGUAUGUUAGUUGUUGUAAAUUCAUGUUUUUUUACUUUGCAUUGAAGAGGAUAUUAAAAAUACAUGUAACUUAGAAAAGGGAAGAGAUUCCAAUAAAAUGUUCAUUUUAUAAUUUUAUAUUAUUUUAUUUUUACUUAUUCAAACAAUCAUUGUAUGGAUUUUAAUUACAGAACUUGCUUUGUUUGUUCUUCGAGAUAGGCCUUGAUCAGGCGGACAUAUUCUUUGAUUAUUUUUAAUGAUUUAAAGUUUUUCUGUUUUGUUCUUGAUGUUGGCAACUUACUCGAUGUAUAUCAUUAUUUUUAUAGUUUCAAACAUCUGUAUAAAAAGAAAGUAUAUGUUUUAAGGUUUUGGUUACUUCGAGCUUACGACUCGGUUAAUGUACAGUUUGGUUUUAAGUAUGGCAAUGGCAUUAUCAACUAAGUAAUUAUAGUUUCAAUUGAUGGCUGAACAGAAUGUGAAUCACGUGAUAUUAUUUAUUAGCAAAAACAUUGAUGAUAAUGUGAAAAUAUUGCAAUCUUAAAUGCAUGAUUGACUUUCAUCAUCACGUGAUGGAACGUCAUCGAGCUUCGUCAAUAAAACAUCUUUACAAGUUCGACAACAGAAA